UAUGCAUUAUUUUAAUCACGAAUCUUGGUUCAUGUUUUCAAUUUUCACUAUUUUUCAGUCUUCAUGACUAUAUGCGCAUUAUGGCUACCUAUAUAUUUUUAUAAUAUUUAAUCAUGAAUAAAACGAUUGUAGAACAAAACAAAACGCAAAAAUUAAAAUGACUGAAUCAGUUGACAAAUCAAAAAGAAAACAAUUUGGUAAUAGGUUUUUAAAUAAAGAUGAUGACGUUUUUAAACACAAUGCUUGGGAUAAUGUGGAAUGGAAUGAAGAACAAGAAAUUCAAGCUCUGUCACAAGUAUGUGCGCAUGUAAAAACAAAGAUGCCUUCAGAAAAAGCUGCUGAUUUAGAAGACAAUGCUGAUGAAUAUUGGAAUAAGUUUUAUUCUGUCCACCAAGAAAAAUUUUUUAAGAACAGAUGUUGGUUGUUCACGGAGUUUCCUGAAAUAACUUCACUUAAAAAUGAUAAACCAAGCUUUGUAUUAGAAGUGGGAUGUGGUGUUGGAAAUUCAGUCUUUCCUAUAUUAUCACACUGUGUUGACAGUAAUGUACAUGUAUACUGUUGUGAUUUUUCUUCAAAUGCCAUUAAAAUCUUAAGAGAAAAUUCAGAAUAUGAUGAAGAACACUGCACAGCAUUUGUAUGUGAUAUAACUAGUGAAGAAUGGAAUCCACCAUUUGCCUUAGAAAGUUUGGAUAUCAUACUAUUGGUUUUUGUUCUUUCCGCUAUUCAACCAGAAAAAUUAAAACAUGUAGUAGGACAGUUUUAUAAAUAUUUGAAACCAGGAGGUAUAGUAUUGUUUCGCGAUUAUGGUAGAUAUGACAUGGCACAGUUAAGGUUUAAAGAAGGAAGAUGCAUAUCAGAAAAUUAUUACAGUAGAGGUGAUGGAACGUUGGUACACUUUUUUACUCAAGAAGAUGUUCAACAAUUAUUUUUGGAAGCUGGCUUUGAACAAGUUCAAAAUAUAGUUGAUCGUCGUAUGCAAGUAAAUAGAGGUAAACAGUUAAAAAUGUAUCGUGUUUGGAUUCAAUGUAAAUAUAAGAAACCAAUUUUAUAAUA